GUAUACCUACCGGAAAGGAAACCUAGUUGUGGGUUUCACAUUCUCCGACGGCACCGGCUUCGAAAUUCUGAAUCGAAUCGACAGUUGGUAGUAAACUGUUACUAGUGCUGGAGUCGCGUUCAUUGGGCAUCAUCUCCGAAGCGCACCACGGAACGGGUUUCUUGUUUGUGUUAUUUCUCUCGCUAUAGUCUUCGUAGUGUCUCUUCUGCUCCCGACAUCUUUCGAUUAUUGUGAUUGUUCUGUUGAUCUAGACCUUUUGGAUUAUUAUCGCAACAAUAAAACAAGCAACACGGUUGACGUCACAAGGAAGCUGAACCCCGAAACAUAAUGUAACAAAUCUCUGGAGGACCUGAGGCUAUAGUUAAAAUUCCGAUAAGUUCGUAAUCUUUGGACGUUGUUGUGAUGUGAAGUUUGGAACCCUAGUGAAGCACCAACCACCUUGAAUCACCGGAAACCUCGGUCUAGUCUUAUUUCCGGCUAUUGAAACGUUUCAGUGAACAGUGACAUCUCGGGUAUUCGAACUUUUAAAAAAAUGUCGCCUACUGACGAGACUAUCGAGGAUGAGAUCGACGCUGCCCUACUGGAUUCGAUGAAAAACGGCAAGAGGGUGCCUUCAAUCGAGGCCUUGAACAGCGAGAUGCCAUCCAGGGAGUACCAGAGGGACAAGGGCAAGAAAAUCAUCAGGAUUUUCCUGAACAAACUGAGACUGAGGAGGUGCGCCAGUGCCACUAUUUCGAGGCCCGAUCCUACCUACAAAGUGGCCUAUCUCGGCAACGUCGUAACCGGUUGGGCUAAAGGUGACGGUUGUGUCGAAAAGCCUCUAGCAACACUAUGGCGCAACUACACUCAUUCCUCCAGACCUGAAGUCAGGAUGACCUUAGCAGUGAGCAAUGGCGGACUAAAAGCAACUACCAAAGAUCAUGGACUCACAGAAUACUGGGCUCACCGUCUCACAUAUUGCGCAGCACCAGACCAGUUUCCCAGGUUAUUCUGUUGGGUAUACAGACAUGAAGGCCGAAGGUUACGCCACGAACUACGAUGUCACGCUGUCCUAUGUUCAACACCCUCUAUGGCGAAAAAAAUAGAAGGUGAACUGAAUCAAGCAUUAGCAGUGGCCCUUACAGAAUUCCGCAGAGACAAAAUAUCCAGACAGAAUGCAAGGUUAUCGCUCGCCAAUUCGGUUUACGACAACCCAACGAUACCCAGACGAAAGAUUCUUCUGAGCACGGGUUCUCACAGCUACAGGCCACCCUUGGAACGCUCCAAGUCCGCUCCGAAACUGACCAUGAUCGAGGAGUCCAUCCUGGAGGAGGAAGAAGAAGCGGCAGGGUCAAGAAUGGACUACGUUAAGAUCUUACGACACCACGACAGCGCCAGCUGUCUCUUCGACAAACGAAAACACAUAUACAGGGACAUCGGAAGGAAAUGCAAAUCCUUCACUGUAGUACCUGUCAACGAAGCCUGUGAUGAAGAAACUAGUGAUAAGGAAACCCUCUCUAGAACCAUAUGUCAUCAACCUGACAUAACGGAGAAUUUAAACGAUUCGAUCAAGAGUAACGAAGCGAAGACCGACUUGAUUCUCGACAGUUUGCUGGAGAAUCAAAUGAAGAAUGAUCUAUUAGAAUCCUGCGAGAGGGCAUGGUAUAGCGCCCUUGGAGACAAACCUGACCUUAUACCUCCAGACAGUGACGAAGGUUCACUCUCCAGUGGAUGCGAGUCUGCUAGCACUGUGAAUUCUGAAGUCGACCCAGUCUUCUUUCACGCCAUAGAAGAAUCUUCGAUACCGGAAGAAGAUGAAACCUCUAAACCGGACAAAAGAAAGACUGAAUUAGAUUUUAAAGUGGGAUGUAGUGUCUUAGCGAGGGUAAGAAGUUUCGAAUCAGGCAGUACAGACAGUUUGAAGUGUCGAAUUUUCAAUAACAACCUGUACAGCAAUAAUAUACCGGCGAAUGAUGAAGUUUCUUUGGUACCUGUUGGUGAGACCCAUUCGGAUUUCAGUUCUUUGAAAGUGUUCAAAAAGAAAACAAUGCUACCGAAAAGUUUGACGAUUGAACCGAGGGAUUCAAAGGGAGAAGAAGAUGCGGCUAGUUCUUACAGCGAUGAAAGUGGAUAUGAAGAAGAAGAACCUGCUAGUCCUGUUGCCAACAUCAUUUCAGUCUAAAUCCCAAGUUUAUGUAUCAAGAAAUUCAGUGGCUUCAUCUUUAGAAGAAUAAAGAGAGAGAUUCAGUUAUCUCGCUUGUUGACUCGUUGUUUCUCUGUUGAAUUUCAAAGAUUUAAUACAUGCUUGUUAAUGUAACAUGCUAUUAGUAUCAACCAAAUAUUAGAUUCUUAAUAUACGAAUACUGAAAACAAAAUCUUCGAAUAUUACGUUUAAAAUAGUCUUCUUUAUAUGAUACUUGUAGGUGUAUUUCCGAAUAUCGAACUUACUAUAAAAUAUGUAGAUAUUUUGAUUCCCCAGUUUCGUUUCAACAUUCCCUUCGACUAAAGCAGUGGAAAAAAGAUUUUCGAUUGUCUCAGUAGAUGAUCAUUUUACUAUGUAAAAUAAAUUUUUGAAGAUUGUUCGCUAAUGUAAGAGUAAAUAUUGUACAAAUGUAAAUAUAAUUCACAGAAAUUUAUUUCAUGAAGGAUGUUAUUUGUGAUUCGAGAAGGUAUUGUGAAUAUGCAAUAAAAAUUGAAUUAGGAA